AUGGCUACUUCUUUAUUCAUGGCCUCUGAUCACAACACAAACACAAAACCACAAAUUUAUUUCUUUAAGGAUCAUGAUCACCAGCCAAUACGAAGUAGUACUGGAAGAAGAAACCCGAAAGGUAAUGAAGCCAUGGGUCAGAAGAAGAAGAAGAAGCAGCCUCAGAGAGGCAUGGGGGUGGCUCAGCUUGAGCGGCUCAGGGUGCAAGAAGGGUUGAAAAACCCCACUAAACGGACCCUCACCGUUAAUCCAGCUUCUUUGUUUAAUCUUACUGUGAUGAAUCCUAAUUCUGUUCCUAUGCAGUUUGCAAAGUUGGGUGGGUUUGGGACUGUGAAUGGAGGCAUUGGACAAAUGAGCUUGAACCAGAAUCACAGUUACUUUGGUUUCCAAGAUCAGUUUCAGGUGGAUCCGUUUGGAGUUGGUGGAUCGAGGAACUCGAAAGAGCUCUCUUCAACACCAAAUGGCGUUAUGUGUUACUAUGAACGCUGUAAUGUUUGUCACAAGAAGAAGAGAGUUAACGGCGAAAUUUCAGGGUGCAGUAGAGCCAAAUCAGGCUUGUAUAUGCAGAUGUCUCCCAUCAGUAACUCUGACUUCUUAGGAUUAAAUGUUGGAGAUAAUCAAAGUAUUAAGCAAAAGGUUCAAGAAGUUGGAAUACAGGCACCGACCGUCCCUCAUGCCAGAUAUCCAGUUCGCAAUUGCCAGCAGGGUGUGGAAGUAGUGGUACUCCACAGGAAGGGAAAUUCAAGAACAGGAAAUGGAACUGUGUUCAUGGAAUAUGAUUUUUUUCCAGGAAGUAGAAGCACAUGUAACAAUGAAGUGGCAAUGAUGAAUUUGGGGGUUAAUUCCGAAGCUUCUUCUUGUGCAGAUGGAGAAAGAGAAACUGGUUUUGAUGCAACCACUUCUCUUGAUCUGUCCCUCAAGCUUUCUUGUUAG